GUCAUUUGAUGACAUUGUAAAGAAAGAAAAAAACUAAUCAGACGACUUGAAGUUUACCAGAUCAAAAAAAAAGAAGGAAAAAGCGAUCGUCUGACAAACAUAAGACCACAUACAUACACAUACAUUCAACCUGUAUUUAAAUAUCUGCAUGACAAAAUUGUCUUCCGUAGUAAUUGUAGAGAAUUAGUGUUGUAACUAUUCUCAGUAGUACUCAGAGAUAGAUAUAUAUGUAGAAAUACAUACAUACACACAUUGACAGUCGCAAUAUGAUCAUUUUAGUUGUGUAAGAGUAUGGAUAAACUUUAUGGGAAUGGAUAGAUAGUAUUAUGCUAAUUUUUGAUUGGCCAGUAGGGAAGUAUUCAGUUUGAACAAGUCUAUAUAAUUACUUACUUAUUUCACUGAAGAGAGGAAAAUGAAAUAUUGAAAAUAAACAAUUACUGUCACUAUCUUAAUUUUCUUAUGAAGCAACAAAACACCGAAAUGAAACUUACAUUAAUAAACUAGAGCAACAAGCAAAAGUGAAUAAAGAAAUAAAUAAAUAAAAGAAAUCGAACCAUGCCACUGCGUAUACCACAACCAAUACAGCUCUGGUUCAAUUCAUUGCAUCAUCGUAGAAAGUUAAAAAGUCAAGAUUCAUUCAUUUUACCAGAUAUAUGCGAUGAAAAAAUGAUUGACAAUAAUCCUUUACUAAUUGGUGGAUUAGAAAAUCUACUCCUUGAAAUGAUACCAAACAGUUGGAAACAACCAAUGAUGAAAGAUGGUGCAAAACAAGUUGCUCAAUGGAUAUUUGAAAAUUUAAUUAUGUUAUACGAUGAUAAUGAUUUCUGUGAUGUAACUGAACGAUCACAUGAUCACAGAAAUGUACUGGAUGAUGCCAAAUUUGUGACAAUCGAGUUAUUACCAACAAUUAUUUAUGUAUACUUCUGUUUAUUAGUUUUCACAGGACCAUUUGAGUCGUGUACAAACAAACUUUCAAACAGUAAAUCUGAAUUAAAAUCCGGUAACAAAGUCUUCAACAUUGAUAAAGUACAUUCAUUAAAACAACACGAAGAGGAAGAAAAUUGUCAAGUAACAAAAUCACAAUCAUCAACCAUGCAGUCAGUGAAUGUAAAUAAAUCAGGAACUCCAAAAAAAUCUCAAUUAUAUCCUAAGUUUAAUUAUCCGUCUAAUGGUGAUUUAUCCCCGAAAUUGGAUCAUAAAAUAAAAUUUUCAAAUGUACAUAAAAUAUUGAUACAUAAAGCUAAAAAUGAAUAUCAGCAUAUACAACAUCAAGGUAGAAAACAAUUAAAUGAACAGUAUACAAAUGAUAAAAUUGAUCUCAUAAAUAUUUUUGAAGUUUAUCUUCAUACUAUCUAUCGUAUUUGUCAACGAAACAGUAAGAAUAAUAAAAACCGAUUACUUCUCAUUGAAGAAAAUCUUAGAGACAACUUUGAAACAACUAUGUUAUCGAAUCCAAGUAUUUAUGGUGAUGCAUUAUCACCAAAGAAUACAAACAAUAAACCAGAUAGUUUAUUCCCUUCUGAAUAUCUUCCAAGAUCACCUAAUCAUCACAUUGAAAGUAAAAUAUUAAAUGGUUAUGAAGAAAUUCCAGGUAGAAAGAAGAAACCGAAUGAGAAUGCAUUAAAUUCUCGAAAUCGUAUGCAAGUGCUAACUACUCUCAUGAAAGAAUAUAAUGCCCAUUCCCAAUUAGGCCAGUCUAUGCAAUCCAAGUUAUCACUAUGCAAAUUGGCCUGUUUGUUUAAUCCAUUCCGUGAUGCUCAGACAGAUAAAGUGGUCUCUCCAGUGCAUCAUCAUAAUUUGACGGAGGAUGAAAUACAUUCUGAUGAAAUGGGCUCUCCAAAACGAGAAGCGAAUAAAGUAGCGGAAACAAAAGACGGUUCAAUUCCUGAACAAACAAUCUCCAAUCAGUCAUCACCAGCAAAAUCUGCUACAUUUCAGGAUCAUAAACACCACACAGAUCAAGAUAGUUAUGGAAUUCUUAAAAAUAGAGCAAAAAUAAAGGCGAAUCGAAUCACAGGAUUGCGUACAAAUUUCAUUACAGAAAUUCUUUUUGCAUUGUACCCAGUUCUUUUUACACAACAAUCAAAUGUAGCUUAUGAAGCAGUUAAAUCAAUCGAAGUCAGAGCAACCUAUGAACUCUGGACAAAUGUUAUGUUGUUAGUUGAUUCAAUGAAACAAGAUUAUGAGCGUUCUAAAUUGCCUGCUCCAAAAUCAAUCAAACACUACAAUCAAGUUGUGAAUGAAGAAGAAGUAGAAGCUGGUAAGACUGUAUUCAACGAAAUGUCAAAUGAUGAUAACAAAUUGGAUUCUGAACAAUUAUGCCUAGCUAGUGCUUAUUGUGGUCUUUGGUCUGGACUCCUAUGCAAGCGGUCAGAUAUGUCACAAGAAGAAACUCUUCAAGAUCUGCCUGAAUUUGAAGAUUUAUCCGGCAAACGACUGCAUUAUGUUCGACUGGCUCAAGCUAAAUUCAAACGACCUGUUGUAACGAACUCAAAUUUUAGGAUAGUAAAAUUACCAGAUGAUAUAACGCCUGAGACGUCAACAAACACCAACUCUACACGACAUAAUACUAUGAAAGACGUCAAUUCAUCAUAUGGGAAGAUAAACUUAGAAAAUGAUUGGAAAGGAUCUCUGGAUGACUUGGUGGUUUCUAAUGAAUCAUCUGCUUCUUCACUUUUAUUCUCUCGUGAAUGGUUUAAAAAAACUCUGUGGAAAGAUAGACAGCCUGAAAAAUCAUGAGUCGAUUAUAUUCUUAUAUACUUCCAUCAUUCCAAAGAAAUGAUAUAUAUUUUUUGUAAACGACAAUCAUUACUAUCUUAGAGAAAUACAGCAUUUAUACAGCAAAGAAUAUACAAUAUGUAAAUUGUACUUCAGCAUUUGCAAAAAAAGUUUCUUUUUUAUUAAAAUAAUGCGUAAAAAAAUAAUUUCAAGAACGCAUUUUACCUAGUCUCUGUUCACAGUUCCCUAUAUUUAUUAUUAUUAUUUAUUGUUCCCUUGGGUUCCCACUAGAACAUAGGGCUUCAACUGCACGUCUCCACUUGCUUCUGUCUUCUGCUGUACUUUCCACCUGCAUCCAUGUUAGUCCAUACUGACUGCUUCAACUCCUCUUCACACGAUCCCCUCCAUGUCAAUGCCUUAGACGCCCCAGUAGUCGCUUCCCUUUCGGGUUCCACUGGAGGGCUUGACGCGUGAUGUCACCCAGUAGCCUCCUCAGUGAGUGUCCAACCCAUCUACACUUUCUCCUCCAUAUUUGUUGGUUGGCGAUCGCUUCUUUUACUUGUUUUGUUUGUUCCCAUAAUUCCUCGUUGGUGAUUCUUUCCGGCCCGGCCAUCUGACCUUCAGUAUAAAUCCAGCGAAGACAGUUGUCGGUUUAUAAAGGUAACGUCUGCAACAGGCUGUUGGAAAUACCUGUUCUUUGUUACCCACCCGCCAAGCUUCUGAUCCGUAUAGAAUAGCUGACUGACUUGAUGUUGUUUGUAUUGAAAAUCCGACCGAAUUUUGUUGUUGAUUCCGGCUGAGUGACGAAGAUUUCCAGAUUGGUUUCAGGUCAAUGAAUGUGUUUCUUGCUCGCCUUCCCGAUUCUCACUCGAUUUGACAUCUUCAUCCGUUCCGACUGCAUGUAGUUGAGGCAAUGCUCCCUAGAUAAGUGGUGAAUGAAGUAACCUCUUUCGAAUCCCUCCCGUUGAUGGUGAUUGUCGCUGAAUGUUGUUGUUGCUGUUGUUAUUGAUUGGUUAUUUUCAUAACCUCCGUCUUUUCUGUGUUCACUUGGAGUCCUGUCCCCGCCGGCUGCUUCUUCGACCAGUUUGUCAGUUUUCGCUUGUAAUUCUUCGAUUUUGUGACAGUGACAUCAAACAUAAAUCAUCCACGCGCGAAAUCCAGGUCUUCUACACAAUUCUCUUUAAUAUAUAAAAAAACUAGUAAAUAAUUCACUUUGUAAGAUCGAGUUUGUUUAGCAUGAUUCAGCUCUCACGUUGUAUGUUUUCUAAAGGGUGAAAGUGAUUCAAGCUUAUAAAGAUUUAAAGGAGACUGGAAUUUAUCCGUGCUAGUUUAUCGUCUCUUGUUUUGAAGACGGAAGUUGUAUGUAAUAUAUUGUCUCCAUUCAAUACCAUACAAUGUCUUCAAAAUAGAAAAAAAAUUAUCACGGUGAAAACAUUUCCGUUACAAUGGAUUACAACUGUUUCUUUCUUUUGUGAUAUUUUUUCCUUAAUACAUACUAUUAACAUACAACAUUUAAAAAGGGUUAGUGUUGGAUAUAAUUGAAAAUGUUUAGACACAUCUGAAUAUAACGCAUACCAGAGAAAUAAUAUAGAUCUCAUACCUGAUAAGCAUGAGUUAUGUGACACUAUGCUUAAUGCUAAAUAAAAUACUGAAAUGAAAGACUAAGUAGUUUAGCGAAGAUUCUUUUAUCAGAAGUUCACUUGUACAUCUGCACAGUUGCAUCUAUGUAUCAUUUUUAGGAACACAAUUAAGAUGAACAGAUAAAAGUAGUCACCUAAUGGUGACAACAAACGAACAACUUUAAUUAUUGAAGAAUAAUCAAAAUAUAAGGAAUACUAGUUAGUUAUUUGAUUCGACUUAGAUUUUCCUAUCGAUUGUAGCUACAUCCAGAUGAAAAGUCCCAAAUAGGACGAAAUGCGCAUCCUUGAUUCCACUGCUAGUCACCAUCAACUAAUUGACUUCAAAAUACUUGUUGAUUUCAACAAUCUACUCUGUGAAUAAUUCCAUUCAUUUAGACAGUCCUUCUAGAUAUGCACAUCAUGUUCAACAUUUACACUGCUUUACAUGUAUUCAAACAAUCAUAUGAUAACAGUCGGUUGUUCGAUGAUAUGCGAAAAGUUCGGUUUCCGUUACCAACCAAAACAUUUCAAAACUCCGCCUAAUUUACUAACCGACAGUAAUCUGGGAUAAUACGGAAGGUUGGGCGUAAGGCAAACAUUUCCCAAGGCAUAGAAACGAUACCAACUUGACGCCUCAUGUUUGACUUGAAAAGUUAAGAGUUUGAAAAACAGUUGUAAUAUUUUUAGUUGACAGAACAAGGCCAUAAAAUGUGAUAUUAAAUUUUUAAUAGGUUUCGAUUUGAAACAGAAGAAAAGAUACUUCUACUUCUUUGAAACAAAACUGGUCAGUUUUACUAAGACUUUUAUAAUACAUUUAUUGCUUUGUGUCUAUUAACUAGUGUUCAUCUUCCAAAAACUUACUCCUUCCUCUUCUCAUUUCUGUUUGAUACAUAUUUAUCGAUUUCAAAAGUUGACGCGACUACAAUUUUCUACAAGUGGAAAAACUUUGAACAAAAUAUUAUAGACAAACUAAAUAGUAUUCUAUUGAAUUAAAAGUCAACCUGAACGAAGAGUAUUCUUUUCAAUAAUUUCUCUUCAGGUUCUCACAAUUAUAAAAUAUAAUAUUUGUGGUCGUUAC